ACUGUGGAGGAGGCCGCGGCUCUAAGCCCCGGGGGAGGAACGACCUCAGUCGGGGGGUUGGGGGGGGGUGCGCGCCACCUGGAGAGCAGCGAGGGACAAACACACACAGACUAAAGCGAAGUAACGCCUCGAACGCAGGGAACUCGUCGACAGCGGAUGAAAGGCAAUUUAAAAACGCCCCCAAGUUCCCAUCAUAACGACGGGUGCAACUGCAAGGCCCGCGCGAGAGGGCUGUGUCGAAGCUCGACCGAAUUGGGCGCUGUCUCUUUAAGAGUCAAGGGGGGAGUGGUCACAGGGAGGCGGGCUCUUCCGGGCCGAGCUGCGCGUGUCUGCGGGAAGAGGAAAGAGCCGUCGGUGAACACGAGCUUAUCCGGCUCCGAAAGAAAAGCGAGCUCGGUAGGACUCUCCGGAAAACCGGCAAUGUCUGUGGCUCUUCGACGCGUCAAACUGCGGACUGUGUGCUGCCUGCUUCUUUACUUUCUGACGGCAGUGCUGGCAGGACGCGAUUUCUACAAAAUCCUGGGGGUGCCUAAGUCGGCGUCCAUUCGUGACAUCAAGAAGGCGUACAGGAAGCUGGCCUUGCAACUGCACCCCGACAGGAACAAGGACGACCCCGAGGCGCAAGACAGGUUCGCCGACCUGGGAGCGGCGUACGAGGUACUUUCGGAUGAAGAGAAGCGAAAACAGUAUGACAUGUAUGGGGAGGAGGGCUUGAAGGAAGGCCAUCACAGUUCUCACGAUGACAUCUUCUCCAGUUUCUUUGGAAACUUUGGAACUUUCUUUGGUGGAAACCAGCGGCAGCAGGACAGAAAUGUUCCUCGGGGGAAUGACAUUGUACUCGACCUGGAAGUCACGCUUGAAGAGGUGUAUUCCGGCAACUUUGUCGAGGUGGUGCGUAAUAAACCAGUUGCCAAAGAGGCCCCGGGGAAGAGGAAAUGCAACUGUAGACAGGAAAUGAGGACUACACAGCUGGGGCCGGGGCGCUUCCAGAUGACUCAGGAAGUUGUCUGUGAUGAGUGUCCCAAUGUGAAACUGGUAAACGAGGAGAGGACCCUAGAGGUGGAAAUCGAGCAGGGGGUGCGGGAUGACAUGGAAUACCCCUUCAUCGGAGAGGGUGAACCACAUAUUGAUGGAGAACCAGGCGAUUUGCGUUUCCGCAUAAAAGUCAUGAAGCACCCUGUAUUUGAGCGUAGAGGAGACGACCUCUACACCAACGUCACCAUCUCCCUGGUGGAGGCACUCGUGGGCUUUGAAAUGGACAUCCAUCACCUGGAUGGGCACAAGGUUCACAUUGUGAGAGAUAAGAUCACCAAGCCUGGGGCCAAGGUGUGGAAGAAAGGAGAGGGUCUGCCCAACUUUGAUAACAACAACAUCCGGGGCUCACUUAUCGUCACAUUUGACAUCGAAUUCCCGAAGGAGCAGCUCGACGAACAGCAAAAAGAGGGGGUGAGGCAGUUGCUGAAGCAAACACCGGUACAGAAGGUGUAUAAUGGUCUACAAGGAUAUUGAUGUACGGAUGCACACAAGAACUGUUUCUUCAAAGGUGCGCAGUUGCACAGGACAAAGCAUUGGGCCCUAUUUAUUAUUCCACAUUGUGCUCAGGAUGGUAUCAUUUCCCGUUUUGUUUUGACUCACUGUCAUUUUGUUUCAAGCUAUUUUCACACUCCCUUUCACAGCAAUGCAGAUGUAGAAGAUGCACAGUGGUGGAAGGGAAUGUCUGUGCCCUUUUCAGCAUUUUGUUUGGAUUUUUUUUUCUUUUUUUCCCACCACUUGUGCUGUUGCUCUGUGUUGAAUCAUAACGAUGUCCCAACCUGAAUUUCCACUGAGCUGCACCCUGCAAGGUUUGCAGCUAACAAUGAAAUUGUUGACGUCCACCGGCAGAGUAAAGCUGAGGCUUCGUCUUUGACAAUGCUCCAUUGGGUGACAAAGCAAGCACACCCUUCUGGAAUUCUACUAGCCUGGAAAUGCUGGAAGAUUUUAAAUUUUCUUUUUAUUUUAAAAAAUUUUCUCCCAUGUUAAAAAAAAAAAAAAAAAGUACAGUCUGGUAUUUUGUUUUUCAUAUCUAACAGAUUGGCAUAGGAAGGAGAAUUCUAAGACUUUUUCACUUUAAAUGUUUUUACUUUCCUGUUCCAUCUUGCAGUUCAGAUUGUUCAUUUUUUGUGUGUUCUUCUAUAAAUCAGCUUUUGGAUUUAAAUCACAAUAGGGCUUUUUUUUUUUUUUUUUUUUUUUGUCCAUCCUUACAAGUGAGUUGACCUCUUGCAGGUCUAUAGAUGUAUGAUGGAGCUUUAGAAUGGCACUCCCCACUACAUGUUCUCUCAGUUCAGAAAUGACUACAGGCUAUAUUUUCUCUGGACAGCCCCUGCCUGAGUCAGUGGUGAAUACCAGACCGUUUUGUGGAGUGCUCAAGAGGAAAGAUGAAUAAUGUAAUUUUCAUUGGAAAAUUGGAUAUUAAAAAGUUUGUUUCAGUAA